AUGACCUCCACUCUCGACACGAUCCUCGCGAAGUACACCGCCGCAGGAAACAACACCAAAGACAAGACUCUUGGCGCCGCCUUCGUCGUCGUCAACAAAGAUGGCGUGUUAUACAGCAGCUCGGCAGGCCGCAUCGAUUUCGCCGCCGACGCGCGGCCCUGGGACCUAAACUCCUUCACCUACGUCGCCUCCAUGACCAAGCUAAUCACCUGCACGGCCGUCAUGCAGCUCGUCGAACGAGGCCUCGUCGGUCUCGACGACGACUUGCGGAGUACUGUGCCCCAACUCGCCAAGAUGCAGAUCCUCCGGGGCUUUGACGGGGACGAGCAGCCCAUUCUGGAGGAGAACACCACGCCCAUCACGCUCAGGAUGCUCCUUACGCACACCGUCGGCCUGGGCUAUGACGUCGCCGACGCCGACCUCAUGAAAUGGCAUAAGGCUGUUGGCCGCACCGCCACGAACCUCGACGCGACAAUUGAGGGCUUCGCCACGCCCUUGAAAUUCACACCCGGCGAGGGGUGGUACUACGGCACGGCCAUCGACUGGGCCGGCCAGGCACUCGAAAAGAUCACGGGCAAGACACUCGGCGAGUACCUCUCGCAGAACAUCUUUGCUCCCGUGGGCAUGAAGGACACGGGGUUCUGGCCCGAGAAGCUUCCUCACGUCGCCGAACGGACCGCAGCGUGGCAGUACCGCGGCGACGACGGGUUUUCUUUGUCUCCUGGCCCGGCUCCGCGCAACAUAGCCGCGGACGCCAUUGACAGUGGCGGCGCGGGGUUGUGGACCACCGCCAAAGACUACGGUGUCUUCCUCCGCGCGCUCCUCCGCGAGGAGCUUGUCAAGAAGGAGACGCUGGAUGAGAUGUUUAUCCCGCAGCUGGAAGGGAAGCAGGCAAAAAUGAUGAAAGAGCUUGCGGACGCCUGGGGCACUCUUGCGGUGGAGUUCUCUCCGGACAUGGAGCUCAACCACAGCCUGGCCGGAUGCGUCAACAUGCAGGACGCGCCGGGGAAGCGGAAGAAGGGCAGCCUGCAGUGGAGCGGAAUGUGCAACAGUCACUGGUGGAUGGACCGUGAAACGGGGGUCGCGGCCACGUUGAUUGUGCAGUCUCUGCCUCACGGCGAUCCGGUCGUGAACAAGUUGUACGAUGAGCUGGAGAGGGCCGUCUACGGAGAGCUCCUCGGCCAACAAGCAUAA